CCCCGGACCCAGCGCCCGGGGUAGCGUCGUUGCCCCAUCAUCUCAUCCCCAGAGACGGGAAUCUGGCCCAGCAGUUUGGAUCCUCGUAAUUGGUGGAUAGGAUGUGCGUCCCGAUAGCUUGGAUAGAUUUCCCCACCGAGCUGAGCUGCUGACUAGAAGCUAUCGUGUUAAGCAUUCGAUCAAAAUGGGAGGCGGGGUAGUCGCUUAUAGACGAAGCGAAGGUAUACCCUGGCCGAUGGAGUGCACUCUAGCGAGGCUAGCUAUUCUCAGCUGAUUGAGUCUUUAUAGCUCGAUGUAUAUAUACGAAAGAAUUUCCUCCAUUCCUAACUAUAUCCUCUCUUCCUUGGCCAGUUACCGUUAUAUCACGAUUUGAAGCUUGGCUUCGCUAUUAAGAUGGCGAGUUCAAAGAGACUCUACAACUGGUACAUUGCCCUUGUGGCAGCAAUGUGUAUGGUAUUGUAUGGUUACGAUGCCUCGGUCUUCAACGCUGCCCAAGGUUCGGAUAAUUGGCUCGAGUGGUUUGACCUUGAUACGAAAAAAGACGCGAAUUUGAUCGGAUUAGUAAAUACGGCUUAUACCAUCGGCGCUAUUGUUGCCGGUUGGUUCUUCGGCGGCCCGACUGCGGAUUACUUCGGUCGACGAGUCGGCAUGGCUGCGGGCUGUGUACUGACCAUCGCCGCUACCUUCAUGCAAGCCUUCGCUCCGUGGCAUAAUCUCGGAUGCUUCAUCGGCGGACGUGUACUAAUUGGUAUUGGCCAGGGAAUGGCUCUUACCGCCGGACCAAUUUACAUUGGCGAGGUCUCGCCACCCGAAAUCCGUGGUCAAAUCAUGACCUUCUGGCAAAUGUUCUACAGCGUCGGUUCCUUCAUCGCAUACUGGAUCGCCUACGCCUGCAACGCCAACAAGGAGAAGCUCGGUCAUUGGGAUUGGCGUAUGGUCGUCAUUUUCCAAAUGCUCGUACCUAUUAUAAUUAUCGUUCUCCUACCCUUCCAGCCGGAAUCCCCACGAUGGUGGAUCAAGCGCCACAACAACAUCGAGGAAGCUAAGAAGGCCCUUCGAAAAAUCCGCGAAACGGAACAGGAUGUCGAGUUCGAGGUUCUUGCUAUCCGCGAAGCUAUUGAGUUCGAGAAUGAGGCCGUAAGCGGAUCAUACCUUGCCUUGUUCAAGGAUCCAUCUGUUCGCAAGCGUCUAUAUCUCGCCUUUAUUCUGAAUGUCGGACAACAACUUUCCGGCCAAGGCACGCUGAACUCAUACUCGAGCGCCAUCUAUAAGACAAUAUGGACCUCUUCCCAGACUAUCAAUUUGAUCAACGCGCUAAAUGCGACAUGCGGAAUCCUCUUUACUCUCAACGCCGUAUGGACUGCUGACAGAUUCGGUCGACGAUGGCUAUUUAUCGUCGGCGCCAUCGGAAUGGGAAUUUGCAUGAUGAUCGUACCGGUCGUUGGAAUGACGACACCCAAUGUGAUCGGAGCUAAGGGCGUGGCGACAAAAACACAACCCGUAGGAAUUGCCAUUGUAUUCCUAUUAUUCCUCUUCAUCUUUUUCUACAAGCCGUCCUGGGGCGCGACGACUUGGAUCUGGACCUCCGAAGUAUUCAGUAUGAAUGUUCGAGCCCAAGCCGUAGGCAUGUGCUCUCAGAUGCAAAAUGUCGCGAACACCAUCUUCCAACAAUUCUUCCCCAUUUUCUUGGCCAACACGGGGUUGAAGUGCCUGUUCUUCUUUAUGGCAAUGAAUUUUGUCCUCGCAGUUUUUGUGUGGUUCUGCAUCCCCGAGACUAUGAAAGUUCCGCUCGAGGAGAUCGAUGCGCUUUUUGGUGGUCAAAACCACGUAGAGAAGGGUGGACAAAUCCUAAAUGCCACCGAGGCGCACCACGGGAAUGACGAAAAGAACAGCGUUGAGAUCCAGCAGAAUGAAUCUCCGAGGAGGGUUGAUGUUUAAUAUGAUAUGGCUUAAUUAUAUUUGAAGCGAGGAAAUAUAGCGACUCCAUACCCAAAUCUAGUUUUUGAAAACUAAUAGUUGUAUUCUUGAUCCAAGCGAAUCUAACCGGUGAUUACAAUGCGUAUCGAAACAUAAC